CACCAUCUGGAAGAGACUGAUCCGCGUCGUCCACCGGGUCCCCAAGUGCCAACAGCAAGCAAGCCACGGCCGUCGAACCCAUGUGCCCCCGGUCUGCAAGAUGUGGUGGUCUCUUGUCUCUGCGUCUGUCUGUCUCUCUCUCUCGACAAGAGCGUAGCUCGCAGCCGGUCUAUAUCAGUCGUGAAGCCCCCAAGGCUCUUGGUGAUUUGUUUCUCGCCCCCAUCAGUCUCUACAUCUAUCUAUCAGACCCAGAUCUCUGGAUACUCACGACACCAAGACAACGGUCCAUCACCUAGUAGUCUUUCACACGUUUUUCAAGAAAGACAUCCUCCACCCAAACCGUCUCUUACUUCACUCUCGCCAGCAACAACUCUCUUGUUACUACACUUGGUUACUUGACGCGGCAAAUAUUCAGGAACCAUAUCCUCGGAGGCAUACUACCGCGCGCAAAGUAAAGCUCGGAGAAAGACAGAGAGAGAGAGAGAGAGAGAGAGAGAGAGAGAGAAAGAGAAAGCAUUCGCCAAUCAUCCAACGGCCCGGUACCUCACAACGCGGAAACGCCGCGGGCAUGAACAUCGCUGCAGGUGCGCUUCACCAGCCCCACAUCCAAAGCAGGCGCAGCACAGCGCAGCAGUUUUUUUAGCAGGUCAAAUAGUACAGACGACUGACAGCAGUGGGAAGAAUAGCAGUGACGGCAUAAUACAAGGCAACUGUGUGGCUUUGCUUCGGACUGAGCGACAGCUACAGCAAACCAACCAACCAUAUAACAUCAACUCUGCGACUUCGCAACUCGGAUUUGACCGAGAGGCCUUCCACAGGUCAUCACCCUUUACCUCUCUCUUCACCCGCAUCACCAUAUACAUACAUACACACACACAUCUACCUCGUACAAAAUGGCUUCGAUAGACCAGUCAUAUACCAUGCUCCCCAGGCACUUGAGCCCCCAGCACCACGACGACUACAUUCUUUACCCUGAGCCACCACAGGGAGUCUUCAGCACAGCACCCAUGGAGAUGAGCAUCCCUGCCGACGCCUCUUACUUGUUCCCAACCUCCAUGGCAAUGGAUCACCAGCCCGCCCUCUACGACAACAACUUUAUGUACCAAGGACGCACAUCACCUGGCCUCUACGAGGACGCCGAGUUCCAACUGCCUUCUUCCAACCUUUCUACUGCAUCAGCACCAUCGGCGGCCUCCUCCAACGUAGGCUCGCCCCAAUCCCACAACGACCAGCCGGCGCCAAUCCUCGACUGGGCGCACCCCGGCAUCGCUGUGACCCCGGGCAUCGUGCCCCACGACUACUACAACACCGCCGGUACAGAGUACUCGACCUACGCCGGCCCAGGUAUGGAAGACUUUGCAACUUUCGAAUUUGCAAACACCAAGCCCCCGGGUUUCGUGGGUGAGUUGCCAAACGCUUCUAGAACCACUCUUGCGCCCUCAUCUCGCGCGCUUUCUUCUUUUCCUUCUGCUUCACACGAGUCAAUUGGCUCUCUUUCUUCCAAUACAGCUAUAGCUUCAGCUGUGCGCGUGCGCGACUCGGGCCCGGUGCUGGAUACUCACUCGUCCUCCUCAUCCCCUGUCACGCCCGCAUCGCGCAAGUCAAGCUUGUCCUUUGUCUCUCCUAGCUCUACUUCCUUCUCUUCUCCUCCGGCGCCUGUCUGGGGCCACUCGCCAAAGACUCCUCGAGUCUCUACUUUCUUUUCUCAGAGCAGCGGCCAUUUCAUCGCUCCUCUUGGUUCUUCCUACCCUUCUUUGAUCCACCCCGACAUCAGCCGCCCCAUGAUGGCCAACUUCCAGAACCCCAACCAGUAUCCCACCUCGCCUGCCCUCUCGCCCUCAUCACAGUCAAUGUCAAUGGUUCGCAACGGCAGUCAAUCGCCCUUCCUCCACAGCGGCUUCCAACAGCAGCAGCAAUUCAGCCCUUACGCUACUCCCGGUGACGCCCGCCGCCCCAGCCUUCACUCAUUCCCCUCAACCUACUCUGAUGGCAACAACUACAGCGGCGAUGAGGGCAAGGAGAAGCAAAGAUGCCCCCAUCCCGAGUGCGGCAAGGUCUUCAAAGACCUCAAGGCGCACAUGCUCACUCACCAGACUGAGCGGCCUGAAAAGUGCCCGAUUGUGACUUGCGACUACCACGUCAAGGGAUUCGCUCGCAAGUACGACAAGAACCGCCACACCCUGACGCACUACAAGGGAACCAUGGUGUGCGGUUUCUGCCCCGGCUCCGGUUCAGCGGCUGAGAAGUCGUUCAACCGCGCCGAUGUCUUCAAGCGUCACUUGACAGCCGUUCACGGCGUCGAGCAGACACCACCCAACAGUCGCAAGAAGAGCAGCAGCGCCAACAGCGGCAAGAAGCUCGCGGGAUACCCUCCCGAUGCCACCGGCAAGUGUUCCACUUGCUCGCAGACCUUCUCCAACGCUCAGGACUUUUACGAGCACUUGGACGACUGUGUGCUGCGCAUUGUGCAGCAAGAGGACCCUUCCGAGGCCAUCAACGCCCAGCGCCUGGCCGAGGUUGAGAACGACAAGGAAGUGCACCAGACAUUGGAGAAGAACCAUCUGCCCACGCAAACGCAGAUGCCCUCGAACGAGGAGGAGGACGACGAGGAGAUGAUGGAGGACGAUGACGAGGAAGACAGCAAGCAGCGCGUCAGCGCGUCGCCCAAAAGGAAGGGCAACCCGGUCAACGGUGUUCAAAAGUCGCGCGGCCUCACGCACUCCCGUGGAGGCGGCCCUAUGCCUGUCAAGGCCAAGGGUCGCAAGAACAGACGCGACUACCCUUCUUCCUGGGGCUUCGACAAGGGCCAGAUGACGAUGAAGAAGCGGGUGAUGGCAGUGUUUGAUGGACCCCGGCGACUGGCCAAGGACGACAUGAUGCUGUCGACGGAUCACGAGGUGCGCAUCAAGCUCACGGACGGCAACAACUACGUGACAGACCUGGACGUGCAGACGCUGAAGCGUGCCGAGGGCUUCCUUGGCGCUACGGAUGAGGAGAAGGGACCCUGGAUCUCUGACGAUCCGACUGAGGAGCAGCUGCGGGAGAUGCAGGCGAUGCUUGAGAGCUGCCAGGCGGCUCAGUAAUGGAAGGCGGCGGAGGACAAUAUCAUGGGGAUGCUACAUUUGUUUCUUUUUUUCCAUUCAUUUUUUUGGGCGGGAGCGAUUUUGACGAGCGGAAAAAAAAUCUCUACACUACAUUUUGGUGUUGCAUGGUUUGGCGCAGACUUGUACGGGACUACAACGACUGGCUUACGAGGACGGGAGGGACAUGAGGUUCAUGAUUGGACGGAACAAGUUCCAUGUUGUUUGCACCUUGAAGAAGAAGGAGCAUUUGAUUGAUACCCUAUACUAUAUUACAGCCCAAGGCUCGACGGUAUAAACAAGAG